AACAUAGUGGGCUUGCAGAAAAUUAUUCUCAGCAGAAACAAACUUACGGGUCCGAUGCCAUCCAUCUUGGUCAACAUGUCUUCGUUGCAAUACAUUUAUCUAACCGAUAACAUGUUGGUUGGUACACUACCAAUGUACAUCUUUGAUCAUCUUCCUAACUUACAAGUUAUCUCUUUGAGUAGGAAUCAUUUUCAUGGUCAACUUCCGUCCACUUUGUACAAGUGUAAACAGUUACAAGCUUUAUCCCUUUCCGUGAAUAAUUUCAAUGGAAGGAUAUCUCCUGAAAUAGGGAAUUUAUCCAUGCAUACAGAGUUAUAUCUUGGCCAGAACAACUUUGAAGGUCCAAUACCAAGUGAAAUUGGUAAUCUCCAGAAUCUCGAGUUUAUUACCACCUCAGAAAAUGGUUUUGUUGGCCCAAUUCCAUUCGAGAUCUUCAAUAUCUCAAUGAUACAAACUAUUUCAAUGGGGUUUAACAAAUUUUCAGGCCAUCUUCCAUCAGAUAUGGGCCUCUUCCUUCCAAAGCUCAAAAUACUCGGUCUUCCAGAAACUAAAUUGAGUGGAAGAAUUCCCAAUUCCAUCUCCAAUGCUUCACAGCUCACUCGCCUAGACUUGAGUCGUAACUCAUUGUCGGGCAUAAUUCCUGAAACAAUUGGUAAUUUAAGGUUCCUCGAGUGGCUCAACCUGGAAUUUAAUAAUUUGACCAUGGGAAGUCAAGAAUUGAGUCUUUUGAUCUUUUACUUAUCGAAUUGCAAAAAUCUUAGACAAAUAUCUUUUUCAUCAAAUCCCCUUCAUAGCUUCCUUCCCAAUUCCGUUGGUAACCUUUCUCUCUCUCUUCAAGGACUUGACCUAUCUUCUUGCCAUAUUAAGGGAAGCAUUCCGUCAGAGCUUGGGAAUCUAAGUAGUUUGAUUACUUUGGAUUUAUCCAACAACGAAUUGAAAGGACCCAUUCCAACUACAUUAGGAAGAUUGCGCAUGUUACAAGCUUUGUCUCUUGGAGCUAAUAAACUAGAGGGUCAUAUCCCGUCUGAUCUUUCUCAUCUAAAGAGCUUGUAUAUCUUGUCUCUAGAUAGCAAUAAGCUUUAUGGACAUAUUCCAACAUGCAUAAGCAAUCUAACUUCCCUAAGAUAUCUCUACUUAGGUUUCAACCAAUUAACUUCCACGAUUCCUUUGAGCUUUUGGAGGCUUACAAAUCUCUUGGAGGUUGACCUGUCAUCCAAUUCGUUAACUGGCAUACUUUCAUUAGAGAUUGGAGAUAUGAAAGUCUUAAGGAUAUUGAAUCUAUCAAGAAAUCAACUAUCAGGGAAUAUCCCAAUAACAAUUGGUGGCCUCAUAGAUCUAACUAAUCUCUCUUUAGCAGUCAACCAACUAGAAGGUUCAAUUCCAGAGUCUUUUGGUGCACUCUUAAGCUUGGAGAUCUUAGAUCUUUCCUACAACAAUUUAUCUGGAAGAAUUCCCAAGUCCUUAGAAGCACUUUUGUACCUCAAGUAUCUAAAUGUCUCUUUCAAUAAUCUACGAGGGAAAAUUCCUACGGGAGGGCCAUUUGUACACUUCUGGUCUGCUUUGUUUAUCUCAAAUGAUGCGCUUUGUGGUGCUUCUCGAUUACAAGUUCCUCCAUGCCAAGAAGGUUCUCCUCGCAGAAAAAAGGCCAUAGUAUCGCAUCUACUAAAGUAUCUAUUACCCACAAUUGGGUUAGUGAUGCUUGUAGUGGUUUCUUCAUUAGCCUAUAAAAUAUGUAAAAAAGAGAAUCCUAAGUUUCCACAACAGACAGAUUCAUACAAUUUACCUACAUGGAGAAGAAUUUCUCACCAAGAACUGGUACUAGCAACAGAAAGAUUCAGUUUAAACAACUUACUUGGUGAAGGGAGUCUUGGAUCAGUAUACAAGGGAACACUUUCCGAUGGGAUGAAUAUUGCUGUAAAAGUUAUAAACUUGCGAGUAGAAGGGGCACUUAAGUGUUUUGAUGCAGAGUGCGAGGUAUUACGGAAUGCUCGUCAUCGCAAUUUGGUCAAAAUCAUUAGCGUUUGUAGCAACAUCGACUUCAAGGCCCUUGUAUUGGAAUACAUGCCAAAUGAGAACUUAGAGAAGUGGUUAUACUCUCAUGAUCGUUGUUUGAAUUUCUUACAAAGGCUGAAGAUAAUGAUUGAUGUCGCAUCAGCAUUGGAAUACCUUCAUUAUGGUUACUCAGCAGUUAUUGUUCAUUGUGACUUGAAGCCAAGCAAUGUCUUAUUAGAUGUGGAUAUGGUUGCACAUGUUGCUGAUUUUGGCAUCGCCAAACUCUUAGGUGAUGAGGAUUCUAUGAUGCGGACCAUGACUCUUGCUACUUUGGGAUAUAUGGCACCGGGUGAUUUUUUUAAUUUACUACUAAAACUCUCUUAUUCAUUAUUUUACUUGUACACAAUUAAGUCUUAUCAUAUGAUAGAACAUUCAUCUACACAAUUUAUCAAUUUUGCUUUGAUUUUUUUUUUCACUACUAUCAAAUAUUGAAGUAAGUUCUAACAAUAAGUUGUAAUGUUAUGCACAGAGUAUGGAUUAGGAGGAGUUGUUUCUACAAGAGGAGAUGUGUAUAGUUAUGGCAUUCUACUCAUUGAGACUUUUACAAGAAAAAAACCUACAGAUGACAUGUUUGUAGGAGAAAUGAGCUUGAAGCAUUGGGUAAAUGAAGCAUUGCCCAUUUCAACGAUUGAUAUUGUUGAUGCUAGAUUGUUGGGAAACGAAAGAUAUUCUAUUGCCUUGGAGGAGUGCAUAUCUUCAAUUAUGAGAUUGGCUUUAGAUUGUUCUGCAGAGUUGCCUGAACAAAGAACUAACAUGAAAAUUGUUUUAGCCACUCUAAAGAAGAUCAAAACAAAGUCUUUAAGAGAUGU